UUACAUAAGAAGGCGGUUUCUGAAGCAGGAAAAACAUGGCGCAAGAAAGAAACACUGACACUGUGAAGUGUCCUGUAUGUUUGUCUGAUUUUGAAGUUACGAUUAUCAAUUCUCACUUGGACAGUUGUUUACAGCAAGCAGAACUAAAUGACCAAAUACAAGAAACCGAUAGCAAUAUUGAUGACACUGCACCUCCUUGCAAGAAAACGCGCAUUUCAUAUACUGUGGCUGGUCCUACCAGUGGUAGUGGUGUUGAAUUAAAUGAUGCGAACAGUAAGAAGUUGGCAAUAAAAACCUGUACAAGUGCCCCAAAGGAGAAGGAGAGCCGCGGUGGUGACCCCCACUCCUCGACUGUUUUUCCACUUUUUCAGAAAAGCAAACCGACAAGCUCUGGUGAAAGUGACUCGAAAAUAUUUUUCUCAAGCAAACCUGGGAACUCGGGGAAAACAACACCUGCGACGGAAUCAGUUAUGAAUUAUAAAGGAAUGAAGAGAAGUACCCCAAACGACAAGAUGACAUUAAUUUAUUCUUCUAACACAGGGCCUACUAAUGAUACCCGUAACCUGGCCCAGCCUAUGCAAACACGCACUCUAGACAAAUUGUUUGACAACAAACCGUUAGCAGAAAAAAUGAGACCAAAUACUUUAGAGUAUUACUUUGGACAAAAUAAAGUUUUGGGAGAGAAUACCAUGCUUAGGUCACUUGUGGAAACACAUGACAUUCCAUCAUUAUUACUGUGGGGGCCACCUGGAUGUGGCAAGACAACCCUGGCUCACAUUAUUGCCAGCAACAGUAAAAGUAGCAGCAACAGCAGGUUUGUGGCACUGUCAGCCACCAGUGCAUCAACCAAUGAUGUGCGGGAGGUAAUCAAGCAAUCGCAGAAUGAGCUACGACUGUUCAAGAGAAAAACCAUCCUGUUUAUCGACGAGAUUCACCGCUUUAACAAAACACAGCAGGACACCUUCCUACCUCACGUUGAAUGUGGCACGAUAACGCUGAUUGGGGCAACGACGGAAAACCCUUCCUUUCAGGUGAACGCAGCUCUGCUGAGCCGCUGUUCUGUCAUUGUCCUGGAGAAGCUCUCUGUUGAGGCGAUGGAAACUAUUCUUAUCCGGGCAGUCCACUCUCUCGGUAUCAGAGUGCUGGGAGAGGAGGAAGACGUGGUCGGCUCUUUGGAUAGCAGUAGCAGCUCUGAACCACAGGUUUACAUUGAGCAGAAAGCUGUCCGCACCAUUGCACACCUGUGUGACGGAGAUGCAAGAAAUGGGCUAAACGGAUUACAGCUUGCUGUCCAGACGAGAAUGAAUGCAGCAAAACUAGGCCACUUGAAGCUCGAUACCUCUCAGACCAUUUUAAUUGAGGAAGAUCAUGUCAAAGAAGGGAUGCAGAGAUCACACAUACUGUAUGACAAAGCGGGUGAAGAACAUUACAACUGCAUCUCUGCACUACACAAGUCCAUGCGGGGCUCCGAUGAGAAUGCUUCCCUCUACUGGUUGGGGCGCAUGCUGGAAGGUGGGGAAGACCCCUUGUAUGUUGCUAGAAGACUUGUGAGGUUUGCAAGUGAAGAUGUAGGAAUGGCAGAUCCAAUGGCAUUAACCCAGGCGGUUUCUGCUUUUCAAGCCAGUCAUUUUAUAGGGAUGCCAGAGUGUGAGAGAAAUUGCAAAGAAAGCCAAGGUGUCAGUGAGUACAGUUUCCUACACUAUCAAAAGGCACUUGGAAACUGGAGGAAACUCUGACAGGAAGAGGUCUGGCAGACCCAAAGCCACAACAGAAUCAGAAGACAAGUUUCUGAGAGUCAACAGCUUGCGUGAUAGGCGGCUCACAGGACAACAGCUUCAAGCACAGCUUAACACUGGUCGAAGUAAGCCAGUCUCAGUUUCAACAGUGAAGAGAAGACUUCGAGCUGCAGGUUUGACAGGUCGAGUGGCAGUAAGAAAGCCAUUGCUAAGAUGGCAAAAUAAGAAAAAGGGGGGGGGGGAGCAAGAAUCAGACCUUUUUUUUUGGUUGUUUUUUAAAGGGAAUUAACAGGAAUUAACUUUGUUCCUGGGUAGCCAUAAACCGGUUUAACACCAACCCUAAAUAAAAAAUGUUGUUGCAUUGAUAUUAACCAGUAGUAAUUAUCUGAAGCAGUGGUAUUUCAAAAUAACAGAAGCCUCUUUUUACUUUAGUGUAUUAGGCUACAAUAUCUUUUCCAAUAAAAUUCAAUCCUUAUUGAAAUUAAUGUUCAGCUUUCACAAUGACACUUGUUGUGUUCUGCUCAUACAAUCAAAUCAAGUACAGGGUAGGAAUUUGCUUGCAUCAUGUAUAAAAAAAUAAAAUAAAUACGUUUGCAGGCCUUCGUUUGCAGCCAGUGUCAUUUUACUUUAAAGACGUACCUAAAAUUGUAAAAAAAGUAAUUGAAAUAUUUUGCUUACAUUACCCUCCCUGCCAUUCUGCACAAUGUCAGCCCUUGUUAAAGAUACCUUGCCCAAUAUUUAAAGUAAAAAAUAUAUAAAUAUUUUUAAAAUAGCAAGAAAUUACUUGUUUGCAGUAGCAGCAGUUAGGAGGCUGUGUGCUCCAGUGGUUAAAGAAAAGCGCUUGUAACCAGGAGGUCCCUGGUUCAAAUCCCACCUCAGCCACUGACUCAUUGUGUGACCCUGAGCAUGUCACUUAACCUCCUUGUGCUCUGUCUUUUGGGUGAGACGUAGUUGUAAGUGACUCCAGCUGAUGCAUAGUUCACACACCCUAGCCUCUGUAAGUCUCCUUGGAUAAAGGCAUCUGUUAAAUAAACAAAUAAUUAUGGUUUUAAGUAAAGUUUGCCCAUAACAAAAUAACUUUGCUCUCUAACUCAAUGGCCCUAUUUAGAAACAAGCACAAACGCAAAGACUUGCAGGAAUAAAACAAUUGUAGUGGUAUAAAACUACUCCUUCCUGCAACUAACACUGAUAAAACUGUUUUAUUUAGCAAAAGUAUUUGCACUUCAAAAUGUUUUUUAAAACCAAUACUUUUGACAUGACAAGUAAUUUGAACUGUCUAGCUUAGAGAACACUUACCUUUAAAAGAACAGUACUUGCUUUUCUUUGUUUGUUUAACACUUUCCUUUAAUAAGCUGCAUGUGGGAAUUCUACCUGUGUAGCAUUGUGCAGAGAUGCCACUGGUACGGGUGCUACUUGCAUGUAUUUGUUAUUAAUACAUGCUCAGUAAAAGCCGAAGUCUGUAGAUUUACAAAUACUAAAACAGUAACUUGACAAAGACUGAACAGUAAGAUUUGCUUGUUUUUUUAAGCACUCGGUAUGCUUGGAAGUUAGUCCUUCAAUUUGCCCUCCCACAUUUCAACGAAGUUAGGGGCCUAUGUAUAUGUGUACCUCUAUGAAGAGUGGCAGUUUGGAUCUAAGUAAGUGAAAUACUGGAUCUUUGAACAUUUUCUUCACUAGUGCCUAGGAAAUGUGCUUUUUUCGUGCUUCUAACCUGAAAAUAUUUCAGACUAUAUUGAUGAACUUGUGUUAAUUUUUUUGUUUUUUUGUUUUCCUCUUCAGGUGAUUUUGGCACAAUGUGUUGUUUACCUAGCCAGAGCCCCUAAGUCAGUUGACAUUUACAAAGCUUAUGGUAAUGUAAAGGCAUGCUUAAGGACUCACAAAGGGCCACUGCCUUCUGUCCCUCUGCACCUAAGGAAC